UGGUCGACAGUUUCAACGAGCCGCAUACACACUUAGCUAGCUAGCUUUAGCUUUGUAUCCGAUAUCCAUACAUUUAACAUUUAACAUGGCGCGUUACCUCAUCAACGACGAAGUCUGUAAAAGUUGGGAGAAAUGUGGCAGAAAUGAGUUCUUAAAAUUUUGCCGCAGUAGGAUAUCAGAAGCGUCUGAUGAUGGGAUCAUUACAGGAAAUGUUCAGGCUUUGGUUGCUGGUCUUCAUGACUUGAUUGAUCAGACAAUAAAAGGGAACUUGAAGCAGGAUCUUGCAGUGUCCACACUCAGUGCCAUUGUGGAUAUCCAUCCUGGUGUACCAUCUAUCUUAGUGGAUGUCUUCAACAUUAAAGAUAUUGAAACCACUUCAAGGGAGGAUGGCAUAUGCAAGGAAAAUUUAAUCUCUCUUCUGACAGCUUGUACAGCAUUCUUGGAUAGCGGCUUAUUGAAGGAGAGAUUAGACAAUGACACUCUUGAUGCUAUCAAUGUUCUCUCCAACAAACAAGCCUUUGCUCAGAGAUAUGUCCGACUCAAGACAAAACUAUACUACAAACAACAAAAGUUCAAUCUUUUACGUGAAGAGAGUGAGGGCUUUGCUAAGUUGGUCUCGGAGCUUACUCAAGUCACAUGUGAUCCUUCUACAAGCUCUCAGGUGUCAAAGACUAUCAAAGCACUUAUAGGUGGAUUUGACCUUGAUCCAAACCGAGUCCUUGACAUCAUCUUAGAGGCCUUUGAGACAGCUCCUGAGCUCGAUCAUGUCUUUAUUCCUCUACUCAGGUCAUACAUGUGUGACCCUCUAACAGUAUGUCAGGUCUUAGGCUUCAAGUUUCAGUUCUACAAGGAAGAAAACAUUCGAACUCCAAAAUCUCUUCACAAGGUCACAGCGCAGCUUCUUCAACAUCAUAUUGUUGAACUGGAUGACAUAUACCCUCAUCUUGCUCCAACUGAUGUUGAUAUCUUCAAGGCCCACAAGCAGGAGAUUAUUGAUGCAAGGCAGUAUGCUAGGAAGAUGAGCAUGGCUGUUCUUGCAGACAAGGAUGACAAAGAUGACAAGGAGAAAGAGAAGGAGAAAGAUGAACAGGUUAUUGACAACCAAAAGAUUGGAUUGUGUGAAGCCUUGAUUCUAAUAGGAGAUUGGGUACAUGCCAAGAAACUACUAGACAAACUGCCUGAGUAUGGCACUACAAGUAACCCUACUGUGUCCAAGGCUCUCUGCAACCUCAUUGAAUCUAUACUUCAACCUCUAUACACAAAGAGUUGUCAACCACAGGGAGCAAAAGGGCAUCAUAUACCUUCACCUCCGAAGAAUGGCACCUUGCCGGCUGUUCAGAACCUAGGAGACGUCAAAGGAGUCCUUGAGAUGUGCCGCUAUCUUGGACCAUAUGCAUCAUUACAACCUAUCCUCAUCUGGAAACUUGUCAGGCUAGGCAAAGCACUACUUGCUCAGAGAGCCUCAAUGACAGAGGAAAAGAAAGAAGAUUUGAAUUCUGUCUUUCAUGAGAUGCUAUCAGUGAUUGAGCAAGUGAUAUUACCCUCUAUCAGCAUGAUGCCAUGUAAUGCUUGUCUCUCUGAAGAGGUCUGGUCUCUAAUGAAGAUGUUGCCUUAUCAUAGAAGAUACUGCUUGUAUGCGCGAUGGAUAAAUCAUUGCUAUGGUAUCCAUCCCCCAAUGAUUCGGAUCAAAGCUAAUACUACAGACAGGGCCAAGUACAUCAUGAAGAGAUUAACCAAGGAAAAUGUCAAGCCUUCUGGAAGACAGCUUGGGAAAUUAAGCCACUCUAAUCCUGGGGUACUCUUCUCUUAUGUAUUGUCUCAGAUUCAGAUGUAUGAUAAUCUAAUUGCUCCUGUGGUGGAUUCUCUGAAAUACCUUACAUCACUGUCAUAUGAUAUACUAGCUUAUUGUGUGAUAGAAGCUCUAGCAAACCCAGAGAAGGAACGCAUGAAACAUGAUGAGACCAGUCUUUCACUUUGGAUGCAAAGUUUGGCAUCAUUUUGUGGGGCCAUGUUUCGCAAAUACAACAUUGAGUUGACAGGACUACUCCAAUUUGUUGCAAAUCAGCUCAAAGUUGGCAAAAGUUUUGAUCUUUUGAUCUUGAGAGAAGUGGUGUUGAAAAUGGCUGGAAUUGAGGUGACCGAAGAGAUGACCGCUGACCAGUUAGAAGCACUGGCUGGAGGAGAGCUUCUCAGAGCCGAGGGAGGUUACUUUACCCAGGUGCGUAACACAAAGCGAUCAUCACAGCGUUUAAAGGAGGCCUUGCUGGAAGAUGACCUGGCUGUUAGUAUGUGUAUGCUAAUGGCCCAAGAGAAGUACAGGGUUGUCUAUAAACAUGAACAAGGAACUCAUCUCAAACUUGUUGGAAUGUUGUAUGAUCAGUGCCAAGAUACUCUCGUACAGCUAGGUGGGUUCUUAUCCAACCUACUGAGUAUAGAAGACUACUCCAAGCACUUCCCUGAUCUAGUCAACAUGGUCACCAACUAUCACAUCACUCCUGAGAGUGCCUUCUUUCUCUACAGACCAAUGUGUACCAACAAUAUACAGUCAAAGGUAGAUGAAUUACGGCGACUGGAAAAGAGCAGUAAAACACCAAGUAACCGCACCCAACGUUACGUCCAGGCAUCCCAAGCUGUUAUGUCUCCAUUGACUGAGGGAAUAAAUUCCUUUCAUCCUCUUAAAGUCUGGGAUGAUAUCAGCCCACAGUUCUAUGCAAGCUUCUGGACUCUGUCCAUGUAUGACCUUCAUGUUCCGAGCCCAAGCUAUGACAAAGAAAUCAAUAAGAUCAAGGUUACCAUGGCAAAUGUUGACGACAACAAAGAAUUGGCCUCAGCUAAGAGGAAGAAAGAGAAGGAGAGAUAUGCUAUCAUUAUUGAGAGACUAAAGGAUGAAGAAAGAAAGCAACAGGAACAUUGUCAGAGGAUAGAGGCCCGUCUUAAGAAGGAGUGUGAGACAUGGUUCACAGCACGUUCAACAAAGAAUGAGACUAUCACUCAGUUUCUACAGCUGUGUGUCUUCCCACGUUGCUGCUUCUCAGCCAGUGAUGCCCUCUAUUGUGCAAAGUUUGUUCUGACUGUUCACAAGCUAAAGACACCAAAUUUCUCUACUCUUUUGUGCUAUGAUCGGGUAUUUCAGGAUAUCACCUACACUGUAGCUAGCUGUACAGAGCAUGAAGCCAGUCGGUAUGGCAGGUUCCUAUGUGCAAUGAUGGAAACAGUCAUGAGAUGGCAUAGGGAUAAGGAAAUAUAUGAGAAGGAAUGUGGCAACUUUCCUGGCUUUGUAACGGUGCUUAGAGCAAGCGGUACAGAGUCAAGUAACAAGGCUGAUCAGUUGGACUAUGAAAACUUCAGACAUGUCUGUCAUAAAUGGCAGUACAAACUGACAAAGGCAGUGGUUGCUUGUCUGGAAUCCAAGGAGUAUACUCAAAUCAGGAAUACUCUUAUACUUCUAACAAAGAUCUUGCCAUACUUCCCAUUGGUGCAGAACCUUGGUCAGGUACUUGAGAAGAGAGUUGACAAGAUCAGAACAGAGGAGAAGGAAAAAAGACCUGAUAUUUAUGCUUUAGCAAUGGGUUACUCUGGCCAACUCAAAACAAGGAAACAGCACAUGAUCCCAGAGGACAAGUUUCAUUUGAAAGAUAAGCCAGUGUCAAGCUCCCAGUCUACUACCCAAUCCUCAGAGUCUUCAAGUAAGAAGGCCACAUCUAGCAGUUCAACAUCAGUCAGUAGCACCAGUAAUGCUAUUCUCAAUGGUGUAGGCAAGGAACAUCUUAGCAAAGAAGCUGAUACUGAAAAAGUUCAUGGAGCAAGCAGUAAGUCAUCCAAUAGAGAAUCGUCAUCUACAACGAAAUCAUCAUCCACAUCAAAGUCCUCUGUCAAGUCAUCGUCUCAAUUGCAGGGCAAGUCAUCGACGUCGUCAUCAUCAUCAUCCAAGUCUAGUAGUAAUUCAUCAAAGACGUCUGCAUCCUCAUCCAGUGUCAGUGCCAGCACAUCAUCAGGAUCUAAGAAAUCAGAUUCAAAAUCAUCCAGCGAUGGGACUAAAUCCAAGAGAGAAAAAGACGAGCACAAAGAGAGCAGUGUGAGUAGAUCAAGCAAGGAAGAUAAAGCUUCUAAAGAACACAGAGUCCUCAAGGACGAGAAGGUUGUCAAGGAAGUUAAAGUUCAAAGGUCAUCAGAAGGCAAAAGGUCUGGCAGCAGUGAGAAGUCACACCGAGAAGAUGGAAAAGCAUCUAGCAGUAAGAGUUACAGCAGUGAUAACUGGGGUGGGGCACCGUCAACAGAGCUUGAUAGCUGGCCAGAGGAAGGAGAGAGGGUAAGGAAGAUGGAGAAGAAAGCCACCCACCGAGAUAAAUCCAAGGAGAAGGAAGAGCGUGGUGACGGGGGUCAAAGGUCAUCUAAGGAGAGGUCACAGAGGGAAGAAAGUGUUGCAUCUAACUCCAGCCAGGGGUCAGUAGGCUCAGCGUCUAAAAAGGAAUCACCAGCAACCAGCUCUUCAGACAGAGUGGAGCACAAGAGGAGAAAAGUAGAUGCAUCAGCUAUACUUGUGUCUAGCUCUAGCUCUCCUGACCUAGCAAGGGAGACAUCUUCUAGCAAACACAGGAGAAGUAAGAGCAAGGAGCGUCACAGGGAAAGAGAAGUUCUUGAAGCCCCUGAGCCAGAGAGAGAAAGAAGUAGAGAGAAAGAUAAGAAGAGUGAGAAGAAGAGGGAUCAUUCAGCCGGUGAUGUCAAUCAUGAAUCUAAGAGACAUAAAGCCAGUGAUUCAGGUCAUGAGGGUAAAAGUAGUAAAAGGUCAUCAUUAGGUGAUGGAGCUAGCUCAAGCAGUAGUAUGAAUGGAGAGAGGAUGGAUGAGAGGGAUCGAGAUAGAGAGAUGAUGAAAGAAGAAAAGUCAUCAAGAAGAGAAUCAGAUGUGAGGGAUAAACCUGCGAAGGAAAAGAAAAUCAAGCGAGAACCAGUCGAUGAUGAUAAAGAUGAUGACAGACAUAAAUCCAGCAGCUCAAGAAAAAGAAGACCUUGACGACACAUUCUUACAUGGACAAGAAGGAGGUGGAAAGAUUCAUCUCAAAAUUGUCUGUAUUUUCAACUGAAUCUUGUCAUUCAGGAGUGAAGAAAGAUAGCAACGUGAUUGUAUAUAUUAUUUUUUUUGUAAUUAUUCAUGUAUUUUCUCUCUGCCCAUUUUCUGAAGCUAUCAUGAUAAAGGUGUAUCUUUUUAGUUGUUGUUAUUGUAUGGUUUGAAUAGACACACAACAAUGGUUAAUGUUAUCAUGAGCCCCACAACACUGAAGCUUAGUGUUUGAUCAUAGGGCUGAUUUUAUGCUUGAUUGUAUUGAUCAUUAUGUGCAAUCAAUCGUACAAAUCAAUUCUAUGAUUAUUUACUUAGCUUUGUGCUACAGGAUCCUAGUGGGUGACUGUCUUUUGAUGACUUGUUGGUGAUUAUUUCUUGCAAAUUAAUCUCGGUCAAUCGGUUGCUAAAAUUUUAGGAGCUAAUAACGAUUGUCAAUAAAAUUGCUUGGUGAAAUGAUCCCAGUUCCAUCAUCUAAAGAUUUGAAUAUUAUAAUUCUUCCAAAAUCAGAACUGAGAAAACUAAUGCCACUCACUGAUGUUAUUUACCAUUAUUCUGCCAACAAAAUAUGAAGAUAAAUUCCCAUUACUCCCAUUACAAUAUGGCUUUGUCACUGAACCACCAACAACCCAAGGUAGAAGACAGGUAAAGUUUAACAUUCUUCUGUUUGGGGGAUUGGUUCUGCUUCUAUUUAUUCUCAAUAACUUGUAUAUUCUCUCAGAUUUUUGGUGUUGCAAAUACCAAGAAGAUUCUAUGACUGGAGUUCCAACAGGCAAAAAAUUUAUUCAAGCAGCUGUUCAUUUCUAAAGAAGCACAAUAGAAAGAACGGCAAUAAGGACCUUUUGAUGUCCGUCUUCGAAGCCGCCAGUUUCAGUGAAGAAAGCAGAGGGGUGAAAUUUUACGAAUAUACAUUUGUACAGUAUCAGUUCUCCAUCUUUCAUAUUAAUAAACAAACUGAAAUUUGAAUGCAUGACAAAACAUCAAUAACCAGCACUAUAAGCCAGUUCACGGUUAGCUCAUGAUCAACUUUUCUCAAAUGACCUUUGUGAUUUUUCAUUAGGAUAAGCACUAUCAUUUUCAAAUGUAGAUGUUGCGUAAGCUUUACCGGUUGAGUAUUCAAAUUCUAAGAACAAAAGGCAUUGUAUAGACCAGGUGACUAGAAUAGUACAUCAGGGAUAAAGUUUGGAAAUCUGUUUUUGUCUGCCUUUGGCACAUUUGACUAUUGUUUAGGCUAAUGUCAAAUACCAGUGAUUAUGAAGGAUCUAUUUAUUACUCUUAAGCUUGGAUGUGAUAAAUAUUUUAAAAAGGAAUACAUGAAUAAUCAUCCAAUCACAAAUGCCUAUGUCAGUGAAUUUGAAAGCCACCUUCAUGGUUGUCUCCAAUGACCUUUUUCUGCUCGUGCGCAGUUUACAACCGUGAACAGGCUUAUUACGACGAGAUAUUUGCCCACAUUAUAUCAAUAAAUCUGUAAUUAGUGAAAAAGGAAAGAAUUUGACCUUUACUGAAACUAGAUUUUAAAACUUUUCCGAUUGUUUGCGGCGAAUGAAAAUUUCAAAUGUGGUCUGUAGAAUAUCGUUGUUCAUUACUGUACAUGUAUAUGCCAGAUGAGUGCCCGCACAUGCCCAGUCAAGCAAAUUUGAGUCAUAUUUCAGGACAUACAUGUAUUGCAUAGUUUAUUUUCGCAUGCCUCCGAAUUAUGUACUACACAUAUAACCAGACCAAGAUGCGGCGAAAAAGUAAUUAUCACAAAAGCAUAUUUCUUUUUAUGUAUGACCUAUAGCUGCGGAGUCAUGCGGGAAUCAUUUGUCUACACAAUUGCAAGAGAUGUUGAGCAAAGUGCAUGCCUGACAUACUUUCUGCUGGCGGCUUUUAACCUUGUUCAAAGAGAUUUUAUUUGCUGUUACUCCAUCUCAUUUGAAACCUCCUUGCAAAUACAGUGUGACCUUUGAUAGGGGAGAUCGGGGUUAGUUGGAAUAUUUUUGACAAAAAUGGCUGUAAAAUCGAAAUGGAUUUUAUUUGAGAAACAAUAUAUAUCAGCUUGAAGCAUAUAUCUAAGGGCUUCAAAUGUACCCCAUACAAUUUUUAACUCUAUGAUGAUUACUGAAAAAAAUCCAUCUUGAACAAGACCAUCGCAAGCGUUCCAACUUACCUCGUAUACGGGUAAGUUGGAACAUGGUAUGGGGUAAGUUGGAAGACUGCAUGAUCAAUUAAGAAUUACAUGUAACUACUUACAUGGACAACCGUAAUAUUACAUGGUUAGCCUAUUUGCUUUAUUUUUUUUCAAGUUCAAAAUAUCAAACGUGGAUUUGUUGAACUUUGUUUUCUAUUAUACAGCCACUCACGCAAGCCGACUUUGUAGUAGAAUUCUGCUUAUUUGUGUGUGUUCGAUUUUACGUGCAAUUAAGUGUACUAUCAGCAAUUUCAUGUACUUCUGCAUCAAAUUUACAUGACAAAAAUUGUUUAUAUUUUGAAUUAAUUAAUUAUGCAAACAAGCAUAUGAAAUUUGCCCUAAUUUUUUUUUUGGGGUAUGUUUUUGCAUUUAACUCUAUUUAUUAAGCUAGUAGAAUGCUAAUUUUUGGUGAGAGUAUCAAUUUUUAUCUUCAUAACAAAUAUCCACAAAAAAUUACAAAAAAUAUAAUUUCAUAUGUAUUUUUUGUUUUUGGAAAUUUGUAUUUCUUUGUUUUUUGAACCUUUGUUUUUUAUUGCUUUUUCCGAAGAACUUUGUCGGGGACUCUUUUGCGAUCAUAAAUAUAAAAUAAAUUUGAACCAACAAAAGUAGAAAUAAUCCUACAUUUAUGAUUUUGGGUGGAAAAAAAUAAUUUGCAUUGACCUUGUACAUGGAAUCACGUUUUUCAGCAAUUUUGGGUCCAACAUGCACAUACAAAAUGUUGUGUAAUUUCGAAACCGUGCACCCAGGCAUUGCAAAUUUGGUCUCAAAAGAUGCGCAAGACUUGAAAGUAAAAAGUCAGUGAGCGAUGUGGUCAAAAAAAUUUGCGCGACGGCGUAGUGACGAAUUUGUCCGGGGGUGGGGGGGGGGGCUCAAAUUGACCCCCUAGUUUGAUAAGGGUUAAUAUUGCUUUAGGGCCUAUAAUAAGCCUUAAAUGCACACUCAGACCUAACUGAGAAACAAAACAAGCAUGGUAUACAAUACAUGUUCAGAAGAGUGUGAAAUACUGUACACAUUUUUUUCUCAUAUCCAAUGUUUUUAUUCAUAAUUAUGUUGGGGGUAAGUUGGAACAUGUUCCAACUAGCCCCUUCAAUUUUUUUCCAACUACAUGUAACACCAGAGGCCCAUUUGACAUUUCUAAGCUUACAGCACAAAAAGGGACUUCACCGUGGCAUGUUAAUGACCUUAUUUUGUAGCUUGAUACAAGUUUCCAUUAUACCCCCAAACAGGCCAACUUGAUCUAUAAACUUCUCUGAGAUAAUAAAAAAAUUCUGAAAGAGAAAAAAAAUUAUCAAAAGGUGAAAAAACAAAAAUUCCUUUUUAACUUCUACAGGCUUGUUGCACAUGUAUUGUCUGUGAUAUGGUGGAUGGCUGUUGAUAAUAGCAAGAAAUUGAGGGCACUAUUGCAUAAAUUUAUGUAAAGGCGUUUAAGAAAAUUACAAUGUUUCAACUUACCCCGCGUUCCAACUGACCCAAAUCUCCCCUAUAAAACAGGCUCUGUCAUCCAUGGUUAAUGAUUGAUGAUGAUGAUCCAAGGUGGAUUCAUUUUUCAAAACUUGAGCUGGGACUUCUACAGAAGAUUGCUUGAUAACAUUUGUAGUCACAAGAAGGUGGGAUGGGGAUAUCCCAAGGUAUGAGGUACCUGGUACAGUCGCCCAAGUGACAUUCCAAUAACGAUUGAAAUCGGUAUCUUUUUGAGAUUUUUCUGAAUCUUUUUCAAGUCUUUGUAAGAUAACCCCCAGGUGGAAUAUUAUGUAUUACAGUACAAUAACUUGGAAGUUGGUUGAUAUGUCUGCCCGGGGGGCCACUUACAUUGACGAGUGGAUACCAUUCGCGACCCCAAAAACAUGUAAAAAGGAUGUCUUUUUCAAGAUAGGGCACGUUACGUACGUAACGUGAUAAGGGUGUCAAAAACACAAAAAUAUUGAAAAAAGGGUAUCUACUUCGCUCGGAAAAAUAUACGUGUUUAGGGUCAAAUUAUGUGGGGAUGAUAAAACAAAAUCAAAAUGUUUUAUAAAGGAUGUCCUUUUUGCCCCAACACUACGUGUUUAGAGUCCGAUUUGCGCGAGGUGUGGAUGGUGGGGUCGUACUAAACCAAAAUAAUGGUGUGUAAAGGUACAACCGACGACCAACGGACCCGUGACAUAACAAUAAAAUAUCGCUAUACUUGUUUGGGGGUUCAUUUCAUGGAAUACUUGCCUAUAGUAUCGUUUUGUUUCCAAUACUUGUUAAGGGGUGCAUUUUCAGAAUAAGGAAAAUACAUCGCUGUACUUGUUAAGGGGCUCAAUUAUGGGAAUACUUGCCAAUAGCAUUUGUUUCCAAUACUUGUUAAGGGUAGGGUUUCACACGCCAAUACUUGUUAAGGGGUGCAUUUUCAGAAUAUGGAAAAUACGUGUUUAGGGUGCUUUUCAAGACCCCGUGGUCGCGCAUGGUAUCCACUCGUCAAUGGAAGUGGCCCCCCCCCCCCCCGGGUAUGUCUGAUAUUUUCAUUUGUCAUUAUGUGGUGACAGAGUUUUCAUAAUUUUGCUUAUGUUAUUUAGCAUACGAACGUGUUGUCAGUCAUGCAAAAGUCAUGAUUAUUAAACUUACAAACAGCUUUACAAAAUGGCCCCAGGGCAGAUUGGCUACCCAAGUACAUCUGAUUACAACAACUUGACUGGUGAUAGUUGUCAAAUAGUUUUGCAUUGAAAAAUCACAAAAUAUACAUGUAUUGUUUGAGUUUAAUUCUGUAUUGCCAUGGAAUUCUAGAUGAUGGAGAUACAAAAAUGCAAAAUAUUAGCCAGCCCCCCCCCCCCAAUCAUUUGUGAGAGCUUUAAUGGUAUUUUCAUGCAAUAACCAAGGAAGUUUUCUUGGGAGGAAAAACAAGGAGAAUGUUUCUCUCCAUUAAUUCAAUAGGAAGAGGGAGAGAAAAACGGUGAUAAAAACUUCAUUGUAAAAUGAUCUUUAUUCAUGUUAUUUUGAGAGUUCUUUUGUCAAAAUCUUAUUUUUCACAAUUUUGGAAUGAUUGUGGUAUGAUAUCCCUGCUUUUCACUUAUAUCGUACAUUUUUAAUGUAGUAAUAAACAGUCACUUGUACAGUUCGUA